AUGAAUUCGAACCAGUUUGGAAUGAAUACAUUUUCUCCUUAUACAAAUAUGCCAACUACUGACAAUGAUAUCAACAUUGACAAAAACAGUGUUCAGUUCCAUAACUUAAUUACUCAAACACCUGUAGACUAUUUUAACUCAAUAUAUUCUUCAAAACCAGUUAAUACAACGCUUACUACUACUGUAGAUAAUCAUAGCAAUCACAACUUUUUCAAUAAUUCAGCGGAUAUUCCUAUUCCAUCUGUGCUGAAUAAUUGUGGUUUAUUUGAUCAAGUGAUAUCUCAUUUACCAACAUUUACUAGUACCGUGACCACUUGCACAAUCAAUGCUAUUAAUAAGAAAAGCGGUAUAGUUAAUAACAACAGUGGUUUCCGAUACUACCAUGGCCGCGGCUAUUCACGGAGACCGAAUGCAGAUAGGAUAAGAAAGAUGAAACAUUCACGAAUUAAUAGAGCUGUACUAUCGUUAUCCUCAUCAUCGUCGUCACUAAUACCAGCACCAACAAAAAAAUCGUCAGCACUAAACUAUGGCAAAUUUCAUAACCGUGGAGUAAGAUUACACUCAGUGAAACCGCCUUAUUCAUAUAUUGCGUUAAUUACAAUGGCUAUUCUGCAUUCACCACAUAAACAUUUGACAUUAGGUGGAAUAUGUGAUUUUAUUAUGUCUAAUUUCCCUUACUACCGUGAACGUUUUCCAGCGUGGCAAAAUUCUAUCAGGCACAAUUUAUCACUGAAUGAUUGUUUUGUGAAGAUACCACGUGAACCUGGUAAUCCAGGCAAAGGAAACUACUGGACUCUGGAUCCAAAUUCCUUAGACAUGUUUGAUAAUGGAAGUUUUUUACGACGACGUAAACGUUAUAAACGUUUAAGUUUUGAUAGUAGUACCAGUGCUUGUUUUUCCAAUUAUUCCGAAUCAACUGAUGCCUGUAACAAAUCAAAUAAUGAUCUCAACGGUUUGGCGAAGCGAACUGCCAGUUCAAAUAAUUCUUCUGUCACUACGAAUAGCAAGACAUGUAGUAGCGUUUUUCCUCAAGUCACUGUGGACAAAAGCAACAAUGUGCUCGCUAGUACACAUCAUUCUGAUUUCGUGAGUAAUAUACCUGUUCUAAUCAAGGAAAAUAUUAACACCAGGACAAGCAAACUUAGUAAUGCUUCAUUAUUCAGUGAAAGUAUUUCGAACGUCUACGUCAGUAAAAAUUAUUUGAAAGAUGACGAUAUUGUACAUAACUGUCUUCAUGAUAAUGAAUAUCUACACGAGAAAUCGGAAAGCUUGUUGGCGUUUAAUAACAAAAGCACUAUUCCGUCAGCGUGUAGAAUAUCCAUGUGUACACCAUAUUCUGUUCAUAAUUCUAAUGUACCUCUGACGUCUUCGGUGUCUUCAUCAUCAAUAAGUAGGCCAGUAUCUCCUUGUUCAAUUGAUCCUAACACACCAUAUGUAUUCCAGCCAUUAUUUCAACCACAAAACAAUUUAGAUAUAAAUAAUCAAGGAAACUUAAAAAAUUCUCUAUCCUUUAAUAUUGAUCAUAUCUUGAAUUCGACUAAAAAGGACAAUGAAGAAGCCUCAUUACUAACAUCUUCACUCUUGUCCUCUAAUUCUUUGUCUCAUUCCUCCUACUCGGCAUUGUCCGCGCCAUUAGAAAAGCGAAAUUCUGCAAUACCUGGAUCACUAUCUCCUUCAUCUGUAUUUUUACGUGAGUCUUACGCUAAUUUUUUAUCAAAUCUUCCCCGCAUUACAUUCAAUUCUAAAUUCAGUAAUAAUGAUGCUGGGGAACAAACUAACUUAUUCGAUCAUGAAAAAUUAUUUUAUCAUGCUUAUUUUAUGCAAAUUUUAUCAAGUCGGAAAUUUACUUUUCCAAAGCAUUGUAAUGAAACUGAAUCAACCGAUUGGUUGAAUUCAAAUAUAGAUAUUCAAUUCCUAUCUCACUUCAUUCAGUCUGUUUUACACACAAAUUGACAAUUUUGUUGAAAUUAGAAAAAAAAGUAUGUUAACGUACUUGCGUGCGACUACAACGUAGUCUGUUGUAUGUCCUUCGAUGCAAAUGGGAAAUUACCAGUUUUGUAAAUAAAAUUCUCAGUUAGUGUACAAUGAACAUGAAUCUCAGGUGUUUGUCUUAUGAAAAAAAACCAACAUUAUGAAAGAAAAUUUAAACGUAAUCAAAAUCAUUUCCGAACAACUAUUUCAAUGUUAGGUUCCAAAUCGGACAUUCAUCAGUUAUCUGCAAUAAUGUUGCAGUAGUCAGUCGUACUGUAUCACCUACAUGAAAUUUCUCUAUUAUGAAAUAAAUCUGCCGAAGUUCCCAGUUAUUUUUAUUGAUAAUCACUAACUGGAUGCUAAUAUUUUGAAGACUUAUUGAAAAAAGAUCAUACUGACCUGACAAGACAAAUGACUGGGAACUAACAGUCUAUUCCGGGUCUGUUUCAGUUGUUUCUUUUCAAUUUGAGCACUUCAUCGUUUUCACUGGACUAUCUAGAGCAUCAUUUGAAGAUUUAUUUGAUUUAGUAAAAGAAAGAUCUUUCACGAAGAACUUUUCAAAAAGGAAUUAAAAUUU